ACGCCGUGCACAAACGUCACAAUUUAGCUGUCAGCCAGUUGACUCGAAAAUGGCAGCAAUUGUGCGAUUUAAUUUGUUAGCUUCGCCGCAAAUUGUUGCGGCUUUGCCGGCGAGGCUAAACCUGCAGCGUCUACAGAGCACUCAGGCUCCACCACCAGGAACUCCUCCGCCGCAGACGAAGACCAAGUUUGGUCCCCUGGCCGAUGAGGACCGUAUCUUCACCAACCUGUAUGGUCGCCACGACUGGAGGCUAAAGGGAGCCCAGAAGCGCGGCGACUGGUACAAGACAAAAGAGAUUGUGCUGAAGGGCCCUGACUGGAUUAUCAAUGAGAUCAAGACGUCGGGUCUCCGCGGACGUGGAGGAGCUGGCUUUCCCAGUGGAAUGAAGUGGUCGUUCAUGAACAAGCCCGGCGAUGGUCGCCCCAAGUACUUGGUGGUCAACGCCGAUGAAGGUGAGCCUGGCACCUGCAAGGAUCGCGAGAUUAUGCGACAUGAUCCUCACAAGCUGGUUGAAGGCUGUCUGAUUGCCGGUCGUGCCAUGGGAGCCCAGGCCGCCUACAUUUACAUUCGCGGCGAGUUCUACAACGAAGCUUCCAACAUGCAGUUGGCCAUCGCCGAAGCCUACCAGGCUGGUUUGAUUGGCAAAAACGCCUGUGGAACUGGAUACGACUUCGACGUUUUCAUGCACCGUGGAGCUGGCGCUUACAUUUGCGGCGAGGAGACUGCUCUAAUCGAGUCCCUGGAGGGUAAGCAGGGAAAGCCCCGCUUGAAGCCGCCAUUCCCCGCUGAUGUGGGCGUUUUCGGUUGCCCCACCACAGUGACCAAUGUCGAGACAGUAGCUGUAGCUCCUAGUAUUUGCCGUCGCGGUGGUGCUUGGUUCGCCAGCUUUGGCCGCACCCGUAACUCUGGAACCAAGCUUUUCAACAUUUCCGGCCAUGUGAACAGGCCGUGCACUGUGGAGGAGGAAAUGUCCAUUCCGCUUAAGGAGCUCAUCGAGCGCCACUGCGGAGGCGUUACUGGAGGCUGGGACAACCUUCUGGGUGUUAUUCCUGGUGGCUCCUCCACCCCCAUCAUACCUAAGAACGUGUGCGAUGAUGUGAUCAUGGACUUUGACGGCUUAAUUGCUGCGCAAACCUCCCUGGGAACUGCUGCUAUCAUUGUCAUGGAUAAGUCGACGGACGUGAUCAAGGCUAUCGCGAGGCUCAUUUCGUUCUACAAGCACGAGAGUUGUGGCCAGUGCACUCCUUGUCGCGAGGGUAUUGGCUGGAUGAACAAAAUCAUGACUCGAUUUGUCAAGGGUGAUGCUCAACCCGCUGAGAUCGAUAUGCUGUGGGAGAUCUCCAAGCAAAUUGAGGGACACACUAUCUGCGCUUUAGGUGACGGUGCUGCAUGGCCAGUUCAGGGCCUCAUCCGUCACUUCCGACCUGAGGUCGAGAAACGCAUGCAACAAUAUGCGCAGCAGGCGAACCGGGCCUCCAACUAAGAUACAAAUGUUAUAGCUAAUUUUAUUGAUUUCUUCUACCCGAGCGCUGCUAGCAGCAAAUAAAGUGUAAUGUUCUCCAAACAUA